AUGGACAUAGUCAAAGAUAAGGUGUGGAAUGGUGCCGUAAACAUCCGAGUGGAAUUUAAUGGUUCACACUAUUUACUACUGGCGUACAGGCUCGCAUACUUCCCGCUUUUCUAUUCCGAAAUCUCCGCAUUCUUCUCUGAUCUCACUGGAAAUGAUAUCACAGCUGCUCCUGUGUGGUUGGAGUACGAAGACGUGCCUUUAAAAUGGAAUCUUCCUAUUGGCGUUCUUUAUGACUUGUUCUUUCUCCCCGGUCAUAAGGAACCGCGUGGCCCCUGGGUUUUAGAACUCAAAACGCAGACCGUCAAUUUGAAGUAUCCAGAUGACUCAAUCAUCCCAUUUAGGAUCAGCCAAGGUUUACCAACCUACGAAAAAACUUUGAGCCAAACUAUAUUACACAGUCUUAAACAGUCUUGUUAUGCCAUCAAUGGGAACUCGCGUGCCAUGAUCAAUCUCAGUGAAGACGAUACGAAGGCAUUGUGGAACUCCAUACAAACCCACGAUUAUAGCAUUUACCACAAUGUUGUGGCUAAAAUCACUCGCGGUUCUCCGUUUCAGAAAAUCCCCAUCAGGGUAUACGUAGCUGGUUCUAGCACUUUGAUUCAGGUGCCCAUUACAGUAUCAGAGGAUGGCCAUCCGAGAACUCUAGGAUCUGCCCUAAUGUCGUGUUUGCCGAGUGCUUUCGUGAAGACUUCGAUUGGGGUUGCCUAUAUUCAUGGUAUUAAUGUGGAUUUGUUGUUCGACCAGCCAAUUCUUGACGUAUGGCAAACAUUCCGUCACUUAGAUAAUUUCUUGUACAUCGUCGUCCUCGUUUCUUGA